AUGUCCCUCAACCAUUCUCAGCCGAAGUCCCCGGACACCCCGGAUGUCCCGGAUGUCCCGGACACGUUCGGCUCUCUCGAUUUGCUCGACGCCUUUUGUCAGGACAACCGGCCCCUGUUCCGGCCAAGUUACCAGCUGGACUCGCCUCUGUCGCCGCUAUCGGGAAACCAGGGCCAGCUGCAGGGCCAGCCCCAGGGCCAGCCGCAACCCUACCCCAACCCCUACCCCAACCCCUACGCCACCAUGCAACCCUACUCUGCAGCACAGCCCUACCCGAACCCCCAUCCGUCCGGAAUGCAACUUGCAGCCGCGGAAAUGAGAGGCUGUGCGGCCCGGGCCAGCCCGCCAGCAACCGUGGGGGCUGGCCAGCUGGCCCCCACACGUGCUGCGCUGGAGCAGUACAGUCUGAGCGGCUCUGUCCGCGGCUCGUCGCCCGCACACCACGGCGGCACGGCGCUAGCACAGUCGCGACGCGGCACGGCGCUAUCAUUCACCGAGGCCCUGCACGGGGUCGGGUCACGCCAGUCCAGUGCCUCCAGCAACUUCCAGGGGGGUCCUGCCGUGUCGCCUCCCGUGUUCGAGACCCCAGUGACGCUUUCCCGCGCAUUGGGCUCGCCCACCACCACAGCGAUAUCUGCCGGCGCACGUGACCGCGACCACGACCACGACCGUGACCGUGACCGUGACCACGACCGCGACCACGGCUAUUCGCUGGGUCUGGGCCAGGACUUUCUCGACGAGCUGGCAGGCGUCACGGGACUCGCAGAGCUGCCGGCACGUGACACAGACUUGGGAGAGAUGGAUUUGUCUGGGGAGAUUCCCUCCUCAUUACCCCUGGAUUUCGGCUCGAACGAUCUGUCCAGUGGCAACGAGGAGCCUCCUGUGAAACGCGAAGACGCCCCUGAAAUUCCACAGUCGCAGUCGCAGUCGCAGUCGCAAGGAAACCAGGCUGGCUCUGGCCAAUCCGCCCCUGAUGCUCCCAGAAUCCCAAUAACCAAAGCUGGCAAACCAAGGAAAAUCAGAAAGUCUCACAACAUCAUCGAAAAAAAAUAUAGAACAAACAUCAACCACAAGAUGAUCCAGUUGAAGAAAAUAGUGCCGUCUCUCCGUAUCGCAUACAAGAAAGAAUGCGGGAUCCCCCUCUUGGAGCAAGACAAUCUGGAUCUCGACGGAUUGCCCGCAGCCACAAAACUCAACAAGGCGGUUAUCUUGAUGAAGACAAUCGAGUAUAUCAAACACUUGGAAAAUAAAUGUGCACUGUUGCAAGGAGCACCGCAGAUGGCUACCCAGCUGGAAGCCCAGCUGGAAGCCCGACAAAACAAUCCGCCCAAAUGGAUAUGA